AUGACAGCUGAAACCAGCAAAGAAAGCAAGGCCAAGGGUCGCGUCUUAUUGCCCACCAAUGUGUUGCCUGUGCGGUACGACCUCAAGGUCUCUCCCAAUCUCUCCACUUUUACGUUUGAUGGCGACUUGUCGAUUGAAAUGUCAGUCCAAAAGGACGCCUUGGUGGAUGAUUUGAAGAAACAAAUCACUCUGCAUUCCAAGGAACUCUGCUAUAUCACUGCCUCUUACAAAGUCGGAGACAACGCGCCUGUGACGGCCGAAGAAUUCCGUGUCAACCUCAAAGCUACCACGGUCACCUUUUGCUUUCCCGAAGAAAUCCCUGCCGAUGCGUCGACGUUGACUUUGAGCAUUCAAUUUACCGGCUUUCUCAAUAACCAAAUGGCCGGCUUUUAUCGCAGCAAGUACACCGAUAUCGAAGGGAAUCAAAAAUUCAUGGCUUCCACGCAGUUUGAAGCACUCGAUGCGAGACGUUGUUUCCCUUGUUUUGAUGAACCGGCUCGCAAGGCUGUCUUUGGAUUCACGGCCGUGGUCGAUUCCGCCUUGCACGUGUUUUCCAAUAUGCCCGAAAAAGAGUCCAUUACUUUGUCCAAAGACAAAAAACAAGUGGCCUUUUUGGAUACACCCAAAAUGUCAACCUACUUGCUGGCAUUUUGUGUCGGAGAAUUUGAUUGUGUCCAAGCACAAACACAAAAUGGGGUUCUAGUCAAGGUCUACACUCCGCCAGGUAAAAGUACAUCCGGGACAUUUGCAUUGGAUUGCGCCACCAAGUGUCUCGAUCAUUACGAUGCAUUUUUCGGAUGUCACUAUCCAUUACCCAAAUUGGAUAUGGUGGCCAUCCCAGAAUUCGCCAUGGGAGCUAUGGAAAACUGGGGUCUUGUGACCUAUCGCGAAGUGGACUUGUUGAUUGACCCUGUCAAAGCUUCCUCAGCGCAAAAGAGUCGUGUGGCUACCGUUGUCAAUCACGAGCUCGCCCAUCAGUGGUUUGGAAACUUGGUCACCAUGGCGUGGUGGGACGACUUGUGGUUGAAUGAAGGAUUCGCUAGUUGGACCGAAUGCUAUGCCAGUGACAAGAUCUUCCCGGAUUGGGGUCUCCAGGCGUACAUGAAAAAGCAUGCGUACUCCAACACGGAAACAAUCGACUUGUGGCAAGCAUGGGAAGACAGCAGUGGUUUGCCUGUCCGAGAACUGAUGGCUAGUUGGACGGAACAGAUGGGAUUUCCCAUCCUCAAGGUCACAAAGGAAACUUGGGAAGAUGACAAAGUGACGCUGGAGUUGGAACAGGAGUGGUUCUUGAGUGACGGCAGCGAGCUUACUGCUGAGGAAAAGGAGAAAAAAUGGACCGUGCCAGUCAUCACCUGUACGGCGCAAGGAACACAGGAAGAUAUUGUGUACAUGCGAGAGAAGACUGCAACAAUCACCAUUCCUAUUGAAAAGGGAGGCUGGGUCAAACUCAAUGCCAACCACGAGGUACCCAUGCGAGUCCUCUCCACGGCGGAGAUGCUGACUCGUUUAUCGGAGGGAGUCAAGAGCAAGGCGCUUUGCGCUUGUGACAGAGCCGGCCUAGUGAAUGACUCGUAUGCUCUCGUUAAGGCUGGCCACAUGGAGCCACAGGAACUCAUCAAACUGCUUGCCAACUACGAGGAUGAAGAUUCGCUUGUUGCUUGGGACGCUGUCACAAGUGCCUUGGUUGGGUUGGAUGCAGUGCUGUCGGCAGAUGAGACAAUGAAUGCCAACUUCCAAAAGUUCGCCAAAAAGCUUCUCACAAAGAUUGCUGCCAAGGUUGGAUGGCAGUUCAGUCCCGAUGACAAACAUCAAACAUCAUUGCUUCGUUCCAUCAUUGUGGCUGUGCUGGGUCGCUUCAGCUACGACGAUCCAGCGAUUUCCUCUGAGGCAAUGAAGCGAUUCAAAGCGUUUCAAGAAGACCACCACGACACUAAGAGUUUGCCUUCGGAUAUUCGUGGCACUGUCUUCAAGAUUGUUUUGAAGAACGGCGGGGAGGCGGAGUACAAUGCGGUCAAGGCAUACUAUGCAGCUGCAGACGACAACGCCGAGAAAAAACACGUUCUCAAUACACUAGGCAGCGCCCCAGACGCAAAGCUCAAGAUGGCUUGCAUGGAGUGGUCCACGUCAGGCGAAAUCAAGAUCCAAGACUUCUUUUAUUUGAUGGGAUCUGUUGGUCGCAGUGGCAAGGAAGGGCGUGAUAUCAGUUGGAAGUACUACAAGGACAAUCUCGAUACCAUCAAGACCAUGCUCGGCGCGGCCAGUCCCAGCCUCAUGAAUGCCUGUAUUGUCAUGUGUGCAGGAUCAUUUUGUUCAAUGGAAAUGGCGGAUGAAAUUGACAACUUUUUCAAGGAGAAUCCAUUUCCAUCGUCCAGUCGACGAAUCUCGCAGUUGACCGAGAGCAUCCGGGCCAAUGCCAAGUUUUUGAGCGUCCUUCAAGCCAGUAGCCUUUCGAAGGAUGAGUUCUGGGCGUCGCUUUGA